AUGAAAACACAAGCAGAAGAACUUCAUCAGCGAAUAGAUCAACUACAAGGAGAGCCUAAUCCGGGGGGAGAUCAAGAAAGAAAUGCCAAUGGAGUUCGUGUUCAGCAGAGACAGCCUAGAACUGAUGUUGGUGAUGAUAAUUCUUCACAAGGCAGUUUACUACAUGGAAGGGAACGUGUUGAUGAUGACAUGAGAAGCAUGAAGCUGAAAUUUCCUCCUUUUCAUGGCAAAAAUGAUCCAGAUGCUUACCUGGAAUGGGAAAAAAAGAUCGAGAUGAUCUAUGAGUGUCAAGAGUAUUCAGAUCUCAUGAUGGUGAAGCUAGCUGCUACAGAGUUUAAUGGCUAUGCUAUAAACUGGUGGGAUCAGAUCACAACAAGCCGCAAACGCAAUAGAGAGCCGCCUGUUGAUACUUGGAAUGAGUUGAAAGCACUUAUGAGGAAGAGCUUUGUCCGUAGUCACUAUCACAGAGAGUUACACUAG